UUAACCUCAACUAACUCCAAUGCAUCGCUAUCGAAGCACAGAUCAGUUCACUCUUUCAGACACUCGUUCCGGGAUAUCUUAAAGACGAUGCUCUCCCUGAAGGGCCGUACACUGUUUUCCCCUCCAUUUUCCUUCGCACUCUCGCUCCCCAAACACAUCCCUCAUCUUAGGCCCUCAUUUUCCCUCAAAACCUACUCUCAAUCCUCACCUUCCAAAUCCCCCGUUAAGAUGUCCUCGUCUCAGACCGUCGUCGAGCACGUCGUACUCGUCAAGGUCAAAGAGAAUACCGACCUCUCCAAGGUCAACACCAUGGUCAGUCGCCUCAACAGCUUGAGCUCCCUCGAGCAAGUCCUCCACCUCACCGCCGGUCCGGUCCUCCGAUCCGGGUCCUCCUCCCUUAACUUCACCCACGCACUCCACAGCCGCUACAGGACCAAGGACGACCUCGCGGCCUACUCUGCCCACCCCAGCCACCUCAGCGUGGUCAAGGAGUCCCUCCUCCCGAUCAUCGACGACAUCAUGGCGGUCGAUUGGGUCGCCGCCGGUGGCGAUGUUGAUGAUUUUGUCGUCCCACCGCCUGGCUCCGCCAUUCGAUUCACCUUCUUGAAGCUCAAGGAGAACUUGGGUGAUAACGUAAAAUCUGAGAUCCUCGCGGUUAUUAAGGAAAUUAAGGGCAAUUUCUCCCAGAUCAAGCAGAUUAGUUGCGGGGAAAACUUCUCGCCGGCGAGAGCCAAGGGGUUCUCGCUGGCUUCGCUAGUGAUUUUUCCAGAAGUGAGCGAAAUGGAGGCGGUGGAUUCGAACGAGGAAUGGAUGAAUUCCCAAAAGGAGAAGGUUAGGGAUUACCUGGAGGGCGUGGUCUGCGUUGAUUAUGUGAUACCGCAGCCACAAUCCGCGAGUCUCUGAUUGGUAUAAUUUUUAUUUUGUUAUGUCACCUGGAAAACUUGUUUGAUCAAUAGAAGGGCUUUAGCUUCGUUAUUGAAGCUGCUUUUGAAGUCAAAAA